ACGCCGUGGGGGAAAAAGCGAAAACAGACGCACCCGCGCCGGCUUCGAAAGAGGACCAUGAACGUCGAAUUGUGCCUAUUCUCUUCUCUUUUCGGCUUGGUCUUCGCCUCGCAGAAGCCCAACAUCGUCUUCAUACUGGCCGACGACCUGGGCUGGAAUGACGUUGGCUUCCACGGGGCGAACGAGAUCUGGACGCCGAACAUUGACGCCCUCGCCUACAGCGGGCUCAUCCUCAACAGCCACUACUCUGAGAACCUCUGCACGCCGUCCCGUUCGGCCCUCCUGACCGGAAGAUAUCCCAUUCACACAGGCACUCAACACAAUGUGAUAGUUGAAGCUUCACCAUGGGGUUUGCCGUUGAAAGAAAAACUGAUGCCUCAAUAUUUCAACAAGCUGGGCUACGUGAGCCAUGCGUUGGGCAAAUGGCAUCUUGGUUUUUUCAAGAAAGAAUACACCCCAACUUACAGAGGGUUCAAGACCCACUAUGGCUAUUGGAACAGCCAUCAGGACUACUUCAGCCACGUUGUCCAAGCAUCGUUUUCACCUUUUGAGGGAAUGGAUAUGAGAGACAACAUGACAAUAGACUGGUCGAGCAAGGGUCAUUACACAACCAGACUCCUUACAGAUAGAGCGGUUAAGCUCAUCACGGAACACGACAAUAAUAAACCAUUAUUCUUAUACUUUGCACACCAGGCGACUCACGCCGGCAAUUAUGAAGAUCCUCUCCAAGCUCCUGAAGAGACUAUUAAAAUGUUUUCACAUUUGCCAAAUAAGAUGAAACAGGUCUAUGCAGCGAUGACUUGGGAGCUUGACCAGUCUGUAGGAAAGGUCAUGGAUGCGUUGAAGAAUAAAGACAUGUUGGACAACACUAUUAUCGUCCUUGCAUCUGACAACGGUGCGCCAACAAGAGGUCUCCAUAAAAACACAGGAUCCAACUGGCCUCUCAAAGGGGAGAAAUCUACACCAUGGGAAGGCGCGUUGAGAUCGGUUGCCUGCAUUUGGAGUCCGAUGAUCCAGAAAAAGCAGACUGUCUCAAAUAACUUGAUGCACUUGGUAGAUUGGCUACCAACUCUAUAUACAGCAGCUGGUGGAGAUACUUCAGAUUUAAAAAAUAUUGAUGGAGUCAGUCAAUGGGAUUAUCUGAAAAACGUUGAAAACAGUACAGAACCGAGGGGUGAAAUUUUACAGAACAUUGAUGAUGUCUAUGGCUAUUCCGCUCUGCGCGAUGGCCCAUUCAAAUAUGUAAAUGGAACUGCGUUUCUUGGAUACCUUGACAAUUGGUUCGGUGAGGAAGAAAGAAGCGCCCUAGAAUACAACAUAUCAGCUGUCAUCAAUUCGCCAGUCGCUCGGAUAUUCAAAGAGGUCAACAACGCCAGCCUGGUCGAAGAAAAGAUAGCCAGUUUGAGAAAAAUGGCACUGGUCAAAUGCAACGAGACAAACAAAUACAUCAAAUGUGAUUCUAAAUUGCAGCCAUGCCUGUUCAACAUAGAAGAAGAUCCUUGUGAGCGGAACAAUGUCUUCCAGCUUCAUCCCGAUGCAGUUAGGAUAAUGGAGUCGAAAAUUGCAAAGUAUCGUGUAAAUAUGAUUCCACCAGGAAACAAACGGGCUGAGUCAGUCGCCAACCCAAGGUACUACAACAAUACUUGGACGAACUGGAGGGAUUAUAAACGUGCAUUAUCAAAGCGAUUGUGAUUAAUUAACUAAUAAGGAAUGUGUUUAUUUUGUAAAUAUUGUUUCAUUUCAUUUGUAAUUUAUUGUGUACAAAGAACACUUAGAGCUUCUAGAGCUUUUUUGUUGUAUAAAAUAAAAUCAAACUCUUUACAAAAAGAAAAUUACAUACAUUUCAAAUUGUAAGUUUAGCUAUUUAUGAUAAUUAUAAAAUAUAUAUUAAACAGAAUGACUGAAA